CUACAAGCCAAGACUGUGGGGGGAAGCGGUUCGUGUUUAGUCAGAGGGACGCGGACACCGCAGGGCGACAGUAGCUCGCGAUCACCGUUAGAUAUUUCAUUCGGCGGGAACGAUGGAUACCGACAACGAGGAAGUUGCAAUGAGAGAGUCCAAAAGACGGGAACGCCAAGCGGGUUCAAGCAGGCAUGAUAUACAUGAUACUGAAGCUUUGGAGAAUACAGACACUGACAUUGGCUUUUGUGGCUGGCUGUUGGUUGGGCUUUCCCUUUUGCUGAUGGUGGCUACUCUGCCCCUCUCCAUAUGGAUGUGCAUCAAGAUUGUGAAGGAGUAUGAGCGAGCCAUUAUCUUUCGCCUGGGGCGCAUUUUGCGAGGAGGAGCCAAAGGACCAGGGCUGUUCUUCAUCUUGCCGUGCACCGACAGCUUUAUUAAUGUGGACAUGCGCACCAUCACCUUCGAUAUCCCACCGCAAGAGGUUUUGACCAAAGACUCUGUAACAGUGAGUGUUGAUGGCGUUGUGUACUACCGGGUCCAGAAUGCCACUCUGGCUGUAGCUAACAUCACUAAUGCUGAUGCUGCCACCCGGCUGUUGGCCCAGACCACCCUGAGGAAUGUGCUUGGGACCAAGAACCUGGCGGAGAUCCUGUCUGACCGUGAAGAAAUUGCACACAGUAUGCAGUCCUCUCUGGACGAUGCUACAGAUGACUGGGGCAUCAAGGUGGAGCGGGUGGAGAUCAAAGACGUCAAGUUGCCCCUCCAGCUCCAGAGAGCCAUGGCUGCUGAGGCUGAGGCCUCCCGCGAGGCCAGAGCCAAGGUGAUUGCAGCGGAGGGAGAGAUGAACGCAUCACGGGCGCUGAAGGAGGCCUCCCUGGUGAUUGCAGAGUCUCCGUCAGCCCUGCAGCUGCGUUACCUCCAGACCCUCAACACCAUCGCUGCUGAGAAGAAUUCCACCAUCAUUUUCCCGCUGCCACUGGAGAUGAUGCAGGGGUUCAUCAAACACUGAGGGGGAGUCUCAACCACUUUUUUUUUUUGCCUUUUGCUUUUAGAUUCUUAUUUAGAUUAUAAAACAGUUUAAGUUGAUGAGCAGAAAAUGCUGCUAUGAAAUAUAACUUGUGUCAUAUGGUUUCGGUGCUCAGACUGUUUUUGUGCACUAAUCUGUCAGGAUGAACAGCCAAUCAAAAAGCUUUCUGUCAAAGCGGUCACAGUGUCAAACACACUGCAGAACGUACAGCAGUCAGCUUGGUGUGUCUGCUACAAACUGACCACAGACUGGCUUUAUUUGGUAGUGUGUGUGAGAUUUCACUAAAAACAGCCACAGUUCGGCAGGUGGUUUAGCUUUUAUCCUGCAAUUUCAUUUUUUGUCCUGUUUUUAUGUUAUAAAUGUAGAAAUCAGGCAAACUUUUCCUGAAAGUCAAAGUAGAAGCAGGAGACCAAACUGUCUCAUCAUCCAUUUUACAGACAUUUCAACAGAAAGUGCCUGCUGGAUAUGUGGCCUUACACAGACACACACACAAACACACACAUAUAUCUAAUAGUUAUGUCACUAGUAUUUUAGUACCACUAAGACCACUGCCAGCAUCAUAGCGCUCUGAUCAUUUUAUACCUAAAAGUCUUGUCGUGAUCGUCGUGUCAUCGUCAUGUGAGAACUCCAACAGCGUUAUUCCCACUCCCCAAAACUAAAUCUUUUCAAUGUUAGCGAUGCAUUGCAUGUUUUCUCUGAAUUUAAUGUAAAACCCAUUCCAGCUUCAUGGCUAAACGAACAUUUUAACGUUGAAGGUUCAAAGAUGUGUACGUACAGUAUACGCUCUACUGUACUUAACCUGCUCCACUCUCACUCUUACUUUGAUCAUGAGAGAGAAAGAAAGAACCGCUGGUAAUUUUUCAUAAACAGACUGAACUGUUUCCACUUUUACAGGCAUGAGAUGUAUCCAUGCAAAAGCUGUAACACUAACCAGCCGGAGAGGUAGGCGGCCGUCUUAAAAUAGCCUCCAGAAAGUAGGGAUCAGGAUGGUAACCUACCGAUAAUGUCCAAGAAACACACUUUCCUCACUGUUACACACACACACACACACACACACACACACACACACACACCUUUUCUCUGGUUGUCAUUGCUUCCGUCUCAGGUUACAAGCUGACUUGACUGAGAGGUUGACAGUCAGACUGACCAGCUGGAUGUUACUUGUAUUUGUUUACAGUAUGCUUUCCAUCAUACGCAUACACACACACACAUAUAUGCUAUUUACAGGGGUGAGCAAAAUACUGGGACUGCCUCAGAUUACCAUAGAGUUGACUCCAUCUGACACAAAAAAGAGAGCAUGAUCAACUACACAGGUGGCACUGUGUACGUUAUAGGGCUGUGAGGUGUUCCUAUUGUUUUGUCCACCCCCAUCUGGCUUCACUGCUUAGGAGAAGCGGGGACUGUUAGAAACUUAUCGCAACUCUCUUUGCCAAAAGCCUUAACUUACUGCCGUCAGUUCAGUUCACUGCCUGAUAUCACAUUUCUAUGCACUUCCAUAUAAGAAUAACAAGGAUUUUAUUUACCUUUUUUUUUUUUUUUUUUUUUUAAACAACACUAUUUUAUCACAUACGCUGUUUGUGGUUUCAGCUAAUAAGCCAAAUAGUUAAACAUUGUUGUAUGUGGUUAUUUCAUUUUUCCUUCUUUCGACAUAUAAAGGACAGGAGUGCUGGUAAACAUAUGUUACAGUAUCUUGUGUAUGUGUGACUUGGUAGUGUUACUAUAUAUGCAUACAUAUACCAUAUAUAUAGCUAUAUAUACUUAUAUAUAUACAAUCGUAGUCCUGUGAAGUUUAUUUUUGCUGUGUUGUGGAAAGUGGAAUUAUUUUUUUAUGAUUUGUGAUGAAACAACUACAAGAAGCAGGAGUUACAGUAACUCCUGCUUCUUGUAGUUGUUGCUGUUAGCCCAUGUUGAGCUGAAGCUGAGUUUGAGCUCUGUUACAGAAAGUUUGUUACAGAACAAAGAGACACCGUCACAUACACGCCUGAGCAGCUACUCAGUAACAUGUCACCAGUCUUCUGUGGUCGUUACAUCUUAAUCACUUUCACAGGCAGUAUUUGUGUUCAGUGAAGGUCCUUUUCGAGCUCACUCCUCUUAUCAUUUGGCUUGGCAAAGAAAAACCCAGCUCAUUAAAAUGACAUAGACAUAGUAACCAAGUUUGUAUGUUGUAAUAAUGUACACAUCAAAUACACAUCGAUAUUAUUUUUUUAAAGUUUUACUCAGAAUGUAUUGUUAGUUUAUGCAGCUUGCUAAAUUUUUGCUAAUGUUUGAUAUGGUUUUAUCUUGACAUAAUACAUAUAUGAGACUUUAAAUAAAAUGAAAAAAUCCAAAAGCA